GGCCACGCCUACUCAAGCAAACAGACGAUCCAUCCAUCCACAACCCCCACCAAACCAAUCCGACCAACCAAGAAACACCGCCGGCCGCAACCACCAAGAACCUUCAUCCAUGGUGACCCUGUUCUGCGCAGCCGCUGCCACCUCGUGCCGCCUAACCUUCCCGCUUGCCGCGCCGGCGCCGGCGCCAGGCCUUGGCCGCGGCCGGGUCCGACGGGGCACGGUGGCGGUGCGUGCGGAUGGAGACACCGCCGCUGCUGGGAGCGGGAUAAACCCGGCCAUCCGAAAGGAGGAGGCCAAGGUGGUCGACACCGUCCUGGCCGGGGAGCUCUCCAAGCCGCUCACCCCGUACUGCCGGUGCUGGAGAUCGGGAACAUUUCCACUGUGUGAUGGAAGCCAUGUGAAGCACAACAAAGCAACGGGAGAUAAUGUAGGGCCCUUGCUUGUUAAGAAGUAGAAUGAGUUAUUUUUCCUCAAUUUGUGUUGAGUGGAAUAAUGUGUAUAACGUUUUUCUCAAAUGUAAUAAUGAAGUUCCAUGCUGCAA